AUGGCGACGGCAUCGACCACGCUGCUCCUCUCCCUCGCCCUCCUCGCCUUCGCCUGGGCGGCGUCGCCGUCGCCAGACGCGGAGGCGAUCUCCCGGUUCCAGGAGUACCUCCGCAUCGACACGGCGCAGCCGGCGCCCGACUACGCCGCGGCCGUGGCCUUCCUCCAGAACCAGGCCUCCGAGGCCGGGCUCGAGGCGCGCACGCUCGAGCUCGUCGCCGGGAAGCCCCUGCUGCUGCUGCGGUGGCCCGGGCGGCGGCCGUCGCUCCCCUCCAUACUCCUCAACUCCCACACUGACGUCGUGCCGUCGGAGCCGAACAAGUGGGACCACCCGCCCUUUUCCGCCGCCCUCGAUGAGGCGUCCGGUCGCAUCUACGCGCGAGGCUCCCAGGACAUGAAGUGUGUGGGGAUGCAGUACCUUGAAGCCAUCCGCCGUCUCCAUUCUGCAGGAUUUGUUCCAGAUCGAACUAUCUAUAUAACAUUUGUUCCGGACGAGGAGAUUGGUGGGCAUGGGGGUGUUGAACCGUUUGUUUCAUCUAAGGAGUUCAAAGACAUGAAUGUGGCAUUAGUCCUUGAUGAAGGGCUUGCAUCUCCAGGGGAGGAGUAUCGUGUGUUCUAUGCAGAGCGUAGCCCUUGGUGGCUUUCUAUAAAAGCAAUGGGCGCACCAGGGCACGGUGCGAAGUUGUAUGAUGGUAGUGCAAUGGAGAAUUUGAUGAAGAGCGUGGAGGCUAUUAGGAGGUUCAGGACAUCACAGUUUGAUUUAGUGAAAUCUGGAGAGAAGGCUGAAGGAGAUGUUGUGUCAGUGAAUUUUGCGUACCUGAAGGCUGGCACACCUACACCAACGGGUUUUGUCAUGAAUCUUCAACCAUCUGAAGCAGAGAUAGGUCUUGACAUUCGAAUCCCUCCUAGUGCCCAUGUUGAAGCACUGGAGAGACGCCUUGUGGAAGAAUGGGCACCACCUUCACACAACUUGACCUUUGAGUUUAAACAGAAGAUGUCUGUCCUGGACAACUUUGGGAAGCCAGCCAUGACACCCACAGACAGCACAAACCCAUGGUGGUUGUUGCUUGAAGAAGCUGUGAAGAGUGCUGGUGGCAAACUUGGCAAGCCGGAGAUAUUCCCAGCCUCUACUGAUGCUCGCUACUUCCGGCAAAUUGGAUUACCAGCAUUUGGUUUUUCACCUAUGGCGAACACCCCGAUAUUGCUCCAUGACCAUAAUGAGUUUCUGAGCAAAGAUGAGUACCUCAAAGGAAUCGGGAUAUAUGAGUCCAUUAUCAGGACACUGGCCACUCAUAAAGAUGGCGGCUAUUUGGAACAACGAAACACAAAUUCUGUAGAAAUUCGUCUGCUUGAGAUUGACUUAUUGCCACAACUCGUGGCUAUUUAUAAACAAGAAAAAUUCUAUUUCCUGCAGAAUCCCUACGGUUCAGACAUUCAGUCCUUCAGGGAGCCGGGCCUCGCGAGUCCUGCAAUCUGCAGUUCGGCCUACAUCUGGAUAUCGAUGACCUCCUUGUUCAAACGCCUCCCUCGCAACCGCCUUGCCGCCACUCGGCGGAGCAGCCGCCGCGUCCACACACAACCGCGCCCGCACCCUUCCCUCGCCAUCUUCUCCCGCCUCUGCGUCGAGGGGUCGUUCCCCGCCGCGCUCGCGCUGCUCCCUGACCUCGCCGCGGCGGGGCUCCGCGCGGACCCCGUCUCCCUCACUCGCCUCGUCAAGCUCUGCGUGCGCCACGGCACGGCAAGCGACGGCCGGCUCAUCCACCGCCACGUCGAGGCCCAUGGAUCGCUGUCUCACUACAGCGGCGGCGGCCUCUUCGUCUCCAACUCGCUCGUCUCGAUGUAUGCCAAGUUCGGCCUGCUCGACGACGCGCUCAGGCUGUUCGACGGAAUGCCGGAGAGGAACGUUGUCACCUGGACGACCGUCGUCGCGGCGCUGGCAAGCGCAGACGGGAGGAAGGCGGAGGCGCUCAGAUUCCUGGUGGCCAUGCGGAGGGACGGGGUGGCGCCCAACGCGUACACGUUCUCGAGUGUCCUCGGCGCGUGUGCCACGCCGGGGGUGCUCGCGGCCAUGCACGCGUGCACUGUCAAGGUAGGGCUGGACUCUGAUGUGUUCGUGCGGAGCUCAUUGAUUGACGCGUACAUGAAGCUUGGGGAUUUGGACGGUGGGCGGCGUGUGUUUGACGAUAUGGUGACUGGAGAUUUGGUCGUUUGGAAUUCAAUCAUUGCGGGUUUCACACAGAGUGGAGAUGGAGUUGGGGCGAUAGAGCUGUUUAUGAGGAUGAAGGACGCGGGGUUCUCAGCUAACCAGGGUACCUUGACGAGCCUCCUGCGAGCGUGCACCGGGAUGGUCAUGCUUGAAGUGGGGAGGCAGGUGCAUGCUCAUGUGCUCAAGUAUGAUAAGGACUUGAUCCUGCACAAUGCGCUUGUAGACAUGUACUGCAAGUGCGGGAGCUUGGAGGAUGCUGAUGCCUUGUUCCACAGAAUGCCACAGAGGGAUGUAAUCUCAUGGAGCACCAUGAUAUCUGGUUUGGCGCAGAACGGGAAAAGUGCUGAUGCAUUGAGGGUUUUUGACUUGAUGAAAUCUGAAGGAGUGGCACCAAACCGCAUAACCAUGGUUGGAGUACUCUUUGCCUGCAGCCAUGCUGGUCUAGUGGAAGAUGGCUGGUACUACUUUAGGUCCAUGAAGAAGCUCUUUGGCAUUCAACCUGAGAGAGAACACCACAACUGCAUGGUUGAUCUCCUUGGUCGAGCCGGGAAGCUCGAUGAGGCUGUGGAAUUCAUCCGUGAUAUGAGCCUUGAGCCAGAUUCAGUCAUUUGGAGAACUCUCCUGGGCGCUUGCAGGAUGCAUAAAAAUGCCAAUCUCGCAGCAUACGCAGCCAGAGAAAUACUUAAACUGGAGCCUGACGACCAAGGUGCUUGUGUAUUGUUGUCAAACACAUAUGCGGAUCUGCGGCAGUGGACAGAUGCUGAGAAGUCAUGGAAGGCGAUGAGGGACCGAGGUAUGAAGAAAGAACCAGGGCGAAGCUGGGUCGAGCUGGAAAAACAUGUCCAUGUUUUCAUUGCUGGGGAGUUAUCACACCCAUGCUCUGACACCAUAGUUCAGGAGCUGGACCGGUUGAUCGGAAGGAUCAAAUCUCUUGGUUACAUUCCCCAUACAGAAUUUGUGCUGCAGGACCUCGCAAUCGAGCAGAAAGAAGAUCUGCUGAAGUAUCACAGUGAGAAGAUGGCGAUAGCAUUUGGAACGAUGCAUGCGGUGGAUGGGAAGCCUAUCAGAAUCAUGAAGAACCUAAGGAUCUGUGGUGACUGCCACGCAUUCGCGAAGCUUGUCUCCAAGAGCGAAGGCAGGACGAUCAUCAUCAGGGACCCUAUUCGAUUCCACCAUUUCCAGGAUGGAGCUUGCUCCUGUGGCGACUACUGGUAG